AUGGCGGCAGCAACCUCGUCCUCGCGCAUGCUCCUCGUCCAUCGCGACUUUUCCCGCAACCUCGACCACGUCGCUGACACCUCGGCCUCCUUCUUUUGCAACCUCACUGCCCUUCAACAUACUCUUGGAAACGCCUUUCAAAACGCUCUUGCUAACAUCUCGCGCUCCCGCAGCACUCUCGACGACCUCCUUCCCCCGCGCAACCUAUACAAGAACCACCGCGAUACCUCUGGCGUCUGGCGCCCUGCUUCAUCCAUCUACUCCGACGGCGACAACUACACCUCCCCCAUCUCGCCAAACUUCGCAAACGUGGCUGCCCGAAACACCUACACCUCCGCCGUGGCGGACAUCUCUCCCCCGAGCUCUCCUGACAUGGAAGCUCACAGAGACGGAACCCCCACGCAGGGCCGCGGGAAUGUCUCGCCCAUGGACGAGAGCCCGGACAUGUCGCAGCUCGAUAUCAACGGCGCCCAUGGCCAAAACGACCAGCAUCACCAGGCUCAGCAAAAGACGAAUAUCCCCAUGAUGCGCCGAGAACGUCGCAAGAAUCAAGAAGCUGCGGCUCACACUCUCCGAGAGACCAAAUCCCAGCAACGGCUGCGGAUCCAGCGCGAGACCAAGUGGGAUGAUAUGACGGGCGAACCCACGUCCCAGACCACGGGCCGUGCGGGUCAAGUCAGGCCACAAGAGUACGCCCAGGAGUUUGGUUCAAAUUCGCAGUUCGGCAAGUCCCCGGCCGCAAUGAGAGCCAUGCAGAACGCACCACAGGCGCAGCAAACCUUUGGUGAUCGUCUGCGAAGGUUGAGGCCCGUCGGCGGAAGCCCAAAGCAACAGCAACCCCAGCAGCCGCAGUCGCCGCGUCAGUCAUCAACGACACCCGAUGUCAUUGACGAGCGCCCACCAUGGCGAGGUGCAAGCGGACGAGCACCCAUUGUGAGCCCAGUCCGUGACACGAAGCCUGCAGCACCUCUCAACAUACCGCCCAAGAGCACCAGACGCGCCGCCGUUGGGCCUCGGCUGCCCAUCGCAGGUGUCAAUUCACCACUGUCCCCUGUCAGCCCCUCUGGAUCUGAAACGUCACCGCGGUCGAGGACGCCCACCAUCAGAACUGUCUUCAACGCUCCCCGCCAGCUGACUACUGCUUCUACCGCCUCAUCUCCCUCCGCCGCUCGCACCCCUCCACCCGCACAGUCGGCAUAUCCCAGUCCUCCCGACUCGGGCGCUGGAGUCCAAUCGCCCGGACAUGCGACGCCCGAGGCCACUAAUGACGCCAAUGUCACGAAGAGACAACCCCCAUCCCUGAUGGGCCUGCCUUCUGCCCCUAAUGCACAUCUCGGCCUCGACAAGGCUAUACGAAGAAAGCCUCCUCCUGCCAACUCGCAUGCGCUUCACGCUCCGCAGCCCUCCUAUUCUUCAAGUGUCUACUCAGAGCAGACUAUUCACGCACCCGCCAGCACUCACGAAAAGUCGCCGCCGCGCGCUCCUGCAGUAGCACAACGCGAAGCUGCCGCUGCCGCUGCAGCCAAGCCGACUGACCCCUGGGCUCAGCCUCCCUCGAGAUUCAGCGUCACUACAUACGCGACUUCCGCCGAUCCCGAUACCCCUCGCGAAUCCGCAGAGUCGGAUCGGCCUCCGGUGCCUUCGCUCCCGACGCCACCGCAACAGCAAAAGGACGGUGUAAUGAACCGCAGACGACCUCCUGUACUCAAGUCCACCAGCCCUUCCAUCAACCCAGACCAGCCCAUCGUCAUCUCCAUGUCGUCCCCCUACAUGUCGGGCGCCUUCACCGAGGACACUUCGCCGCCGCCUGCCCGAACCCAGUUGCCCAGCCAAAAGCAGCCGCUGCCUAGAACGAGCUCUGCCAGCCUGUACAGCAACUCGAGCCGCCCGGAGUCGGUUUGGUCUACUAGCAAAGCCUUGCCUCCGCCGCCGACCGAGCUCUCGAUGGUCAACGAUCGCGUGGGCUACCUCAACGCUCGGUUGGAGUCGUUGGGCAAUCGCCGCAUCAACAUCAACCAGGCCAUUAAGCAAAUGACAGAGCUCAUGCCGACCGACAGUAUCCUGGCCAGUGAGGCUGUCCUCAGGAAACGCGAGGCCGAGAAGCGCAAGGUGGAGGCUCUCAAGGUUGAGCUCGCUGAGGUUCAGCGUGAAGAGUACGAGAUCGGCCUCAAGUUGCACAGAGCCUACAAGAGAAUGGAUCGCAAUGCAGAAUACGAGCCGACGACGCUCUGGGUGCGGAGAGUUACUGGCUAG